UUGGAUCAUUCGUGGUCAAUUUUGUGAUUUGUGGUUUCUCUAUACCGAGUUGGGAUUGCAUCACUGUUGAGGUCUCACUAUUCGGACUCUUGGAGUUGGUUUUCCUAAACAUUAUUAUCAUCGUAAUCGAGUAUUUGAAGUUAAAAGGAGUGGAUUUGAACAAUCAGUUGCUUGUCAUUUUUGUGGCUUAUGGACCAACAGAAUUCGUUGAAUAACAGAAAAUGGAGAGGCGGCAACGGCAACGGCAACAGCGCCGGCAUGGGCUUUUGUCUAAUACGCCUAACUUCAGAGUUUUCACUUCCAGAAAAGUAUUCAGAUCUCUCCUUAUUGUCCUCGCUCUCAUCGCCAUUCUCCCUCCUAUUUACUUCCAUUUUCGUCUCCGAUCAUUCCAUCAGGUUGAUUGUCUUAAAAUAUCCUGAACGUCUGUCUUAUAGGCAAAAUUUGGAGGGGGUGGGAUAUACUGAACUUGACCCAUAUGCCAGCUGCAUCCCGUUCCAUGCUCAAACUAGGCCUAGGUGGGUGGAUGGGUUUGCGUGUGUGUGUGUGUGUGUUAAAGUCCCACAUUGGUUGGAGAAUGGAUUGGCAGUUUGUUUAUAUGGACUUGGGCAUUCCUCCACUUAUGAGCUGGCUUUUGAGAUUCAAUCACAGAAAUGCAGUUGGCUGCGCAGUCUUCCUCUGGUCUGUGCUCAUGGUGGUGAUUCGUCCAAAGCCUUCCCCAACACUAUGACUGCAUACCAAAUUGCUCUUGAUUCUCAGGCUGACUGCAUUGAAGUUGAUGUUUCUCGUUCUUCAGAUGGUGUAUUGUUUGCCCUCCAUGACCGGGAGUUGCAACGGAUAACUGGGAGCAAUAAUUCUAAAGUUUCAUAUCUAAGCUCAAAGGAGAUUAAAGAACUAGAUGCAGUUCGUCAGCUUAAGUUGGAGCAUCAUGAUCUAACUGUUCCUACUCUUGAAGAUGCAUUAAAGUUGAUAUCAGGCUCUGCCCGACGAGUAAUUCUUGAUGCAAAGGUUGGCCCCCCAUUGUAUGAGAAAGAGUUUGCGAAGGAUCUUCUUUCUGUUGUUGACAAUACAGGAUGUAGGAAUUGUCUUGUAUGGGCUAAAAGUGACAGUUUUUCAAGAGACGUAAUGAAACUGUCAUCAGAUGUUAUGGUAGGUUACAUUGUCAUGAUAGACCCUUCAACAGGAACUAGAAUGAAGUUAUUAAGACUGAGAGGUGCUGCAGUUGUUGGUGUUUACCAUCCUUUAAUUGAUGAGAACCUCAUGAAGAUUCUCCGGGGGAGGAAUAAAAAGGUUUAUGCAUGGACUGUUGAUGAUGAGGACUCGAUGAAGAAAAUGUUAUUUGAGCGGGUGGAUGCUAUUGUUACAAGCAAUCCGUCUUUACUUCAACGCCUUAUGCAAGACGUGAGGACACAAUGCCUCGAGGAAGGUUUUUCUUUGUCUCCUUGAGGACAAGUUAUAUCUGUCGAGAAAUAGAUAAACCAAAAAGAAAACUUGGGUUCUGCAAGUUAAUAAAUGGGAAAAGUAAACCAAGCAGUGCAAGCGGGAAGAGGCCUCAGUUUUACAUACGCAAUAAAUUAUUUGUUUAAAUAGUUGGUUUUAGAAGACAAAGAAGAAGGGCCACGGGAUAACAACACCAAUCAGCUAAAGGAUACAACAUUAAAGUGUUUUUUUUUCCUCGCAUCAUCAUCUUUACACGCUGGAGCAGUGCCACAUUUGACAGCUACGUGUGGAUCGAUGCUGAAAUGUAUUGCAGGAUUGAAGCUUCAGGAGGGAUUGCCGAUAGCUAUUGUUAAAAGGGCAUCAUGAAAUGUUAAUUCUAGACUAUUCACUGGCUAGCAACCUGAAGCUCACAAAUGAAGAAGGUUGGCUUUACUAUAAGUUUCUGACGGAGAUUAUUCUUGUAAUACUCUAUUGUUUAAGCAAAUUAUGCCAGUUCUUGGUAAACUAUGCCACUGAUUUCUAGUUCAUAGAUAUAUUAUGAAGGACAUUUCUUGUC